AUGGAAAUGAGCACUUUGUCAAAAGUUCUGCCAAAUCCCCACCCCCGCCACUAUCCAAUACACGACGAGAUACUCUCUAGCAAAUCUGAGAUCGACAAAAUUGAUACACAGAUCUCAAAUCUCCAGGUUCAAAUUAACAAACUCCAAGCUCAACUCGAUAGCCUACAACAUGAGAGGGACAAUCAUAUGUCAUAUAUCUCAAUUUUCCGAUGCUUACCAGUAGAUGUUCUCGUGGAAAUUGCUCAUCAAUGUCUUCAAAGUGGUACCAGUUGUAAAAAAUUGAUGAAGGUUUCUAGUAACCUCCGCAAUGUUGUAACCGGGACGUCGACCUUUUGGAAUAAUAUUCGACUGUGGAGUGGUGACUACAAAUACGGUCAUUCGGUAAGACCCAUCUAG